AACAUUGGGCAAAACUCGUUAGCGCUUAGCAGAUUUUUAAAUUUCAAUAACAAUCCCCUCCCUGUCACACUUAACCAAAGGCAUUGACACAACGGCAAGAAGAGGAAGUAGACAAACAUUUAAAAAUGGCGGCCGUUAACGCAACUCAAACGGAUUAUUGGAACUUCUUGUUCAUCGAGUUGGCUGACCCACGUACCAAUGACUGGUUCCUGAUCAAGUCACCACUGCCGCUGUUAACCAUAUUGGGCUUUUAUCUGUAUUUUGUGCUGUCCUGGGGACCGCGUUUCAUGAAGGAUCGCAAACCCUUCAAGCUGGAACGCACGCUGCUCAUCUACAACUUCUUCCAGGUGGCGUUGAGCGUUUGGAUGGUGUACGAGGGCGUCGUCAUAUGGCAAUAUUAUAGCUGGCGAUGCCAGCCAGUGGAUUGGUCACGCACGCCGAAGGCUUACAGAGAGGCGCGAGUCGUUUAUGUUUACUAUCUGGCCAAGAUCACCGAGUUGCUCGAUACGAUAUUCUUUGUGCUGCGCAAGAAUGAUCGUCAGGUGACGUUCCUGCAUGUGUAUCAUCAUACGGUGAUGCCCAUGAUCAGCUGGGGCACCUCCAAGUACUAUCCGGGAGGACAUGGCACCUUCAUUGGCUGGAUCAACUCUUUCGUGCAUAUCAUUAUGUACUCGUAUUAUUUCCUGUCCGCCUUUGGUCCACAAAUGCAAAAGUAUCUGUGGUGGAAGAAGUACAUCACCAAUCUGCAAAUGAUCCAGUUCUGCUGCGCGUUCAUUCAUCAAACUCAACUGCUCUACACCGACUGCGGCUACCCAAGAUGGUCAGUCUGCUUCACACUGCCCAAUGCCGUCUUCUUCUACUUCCUGUUCAAUGAUUUCUACCAGAAAUCAUACAAGAAGAAACAGGCGGCUGCCAAGGCAAAGGCCGAUAAGGAACUUAGUAAUAACAAUAACGAAAGUUGUACCAAGGAUCUGAAUGCCGCAAUAGUUGCACAAGACACAGCACAAAAGAAGGUGCUGUAAAACAGCGGCUAAUACUCGAAACCCUUAACCCUUUUCUCCUCCCUCUCCCCUCUCCCCACUCCUCUAAAUACUCGUACAAAGCGGGUCACACACAGCACAACGCACACUCCAAAUUGAAAAUUCACCUGUCGUCCAACACUUUGGAGCGGGAGUUGUUCUAUGUACAACUUUGUUGACUAAUUUGUUAAGUAAUCCGCUGCCAAAAAAAAAUAAAAAAACAAAAAAAACAAAAGCAAAAACAAAA